AUGGGAAAAGAUAUCACUAACCACCUGUUGUUUGAAAUUGCAACCGAAGUGGCCAAUCGGGUUGGAGGAAUUUACUCCGUCCUGAAGUCCAAGGCUCCGGUGACCGUCGCUGAAUAUAAGGAUAGAUACACUCUAAUUGGCCCUCUCAAUGCCAACAGUGCUAACGUUGAAGUGGAAGAGCUACCUGUAUUGGAUCCAGUUCUGAAGAGAACUCUGGACUCAAUGUCUGGGAGAGGCAUUCGUUAUCUCUACGGUAGAUGGUUGAUUGAAGGAGCCCCAAGAGUAAUUCUUUUCGAUAUUGGUAGCGCCGCAGGUUAUUUGAAUGAGUGGAAAUCCGACCUGUGGAACAUCGCUGGCGUCCCCACUCCAGAGCAUGAUGUCGAGACAAACGAUGCUAUUCUUCUGGGAUACCUAGUCGCUUGGUUUUUGGGAGAGUUGGUUCACAAUGAUGGCCACAAGAGAGCAAUUAUUUGUCAUGCCCAUGAAUGGCUGGCCGCUGUCUGUUUGCCUCUUUGCCGCAAAAGAAAAAUCGAUGUAACCACUGUCUUUACUACGCACGCUACCUUACUGGGCAGGUACCUGUGUGCUGGUUCCGUUGACUUCUACAACAAUCUAGACAAGUUUGAUGUGGAUGCUGAAGCUGGAAAGAGAGGUAUCUACCACCGGUACUGUAUCGAGAGAGCUGCCGCACAUAGUGCCGAUGUGUUCACUACAGUGUCACACAUCACGGCCUACGAGGCAGAACACCUGCUCAAGCGUAAGCCUGACGGUGUGCUUCCAAAUGGUUUGAAUGUUAUCAAGUUCCAAGCUGUUCACGAGUUCCAAAACUUGCAUGCUGAGAAAAAAGAGAAGAUUAAUGAGUUCAUUCGUGGUCACUUCUACGGACAAUUGGACUUUAAACUCAACAACACCCUUUAUUUCUUUAUUGCUGGUAGAUACGAGUAUCGUAAUAAAGGUGUCGAUUUCUUCAUUGAAUCAUUGGCAAGACUUAAUCACAGGCUUAAGGCAUCCAAUUCUAACAUGACUGUGGUUGCCUUUAUUAUCAUGCCUGCAAAGACAAACUCUUACACAGUGGAGACUCUUAAGGGCCAAGCCGUUAUCAAACAGUUGGAAAACACUAUCAACGAUAUUGAAGCUUUGGUCGGAAAACGGCUGUUUGAGUUCUGUCAACAUCCAGCUACUUCUAGCAACUCCUCUCAUAUUGAAAUGCCUGAUAUCGACGACUUGCUCAAGCCAUCUGAUAGAGUCCUGCUCAAACGUCGAAUGUUCGCCAUGAAAAGGGAGGGAUUACCACCUAUCGUCACACACAACAUGGCUGACGAUAGUACUGAUCCUAUUCUCAACCAGAUUAGAAAUGUUCAGCUGUUCAACAGACCAGAGGACCGGGUCAAAAUCAUUUUUCAUCCUGAAUUCUUAAACUCUAACAACCCAAUUCUGAGUUUGGACUACGAUGAGUUUGUUAGAGGGUGUCAUUUGGGAGUGUUUCCAUCCUAUUAUGAACCUUGGGGUUACACUCCAGCAGAGUGCACAGUUAUGGGUAUUCCUUCAAUCACCACUAAUUUAUCCGGAUUCGGCUGCUACAUGGAGGACUUGAUAGAAAACUCUUCAGAUUAUGGUAUUUACAUUGUGGACAGAAGAUUAAAAUCUGUCGAUGAGAGUAUUGACCAAUUGACUUCUUACAUGUUCGAUUUCGUCGACAAGACCAGAAGACAACGUAUCAACCAGAGAAACAGAGUUGAGCGUCUGUCUGAUCUCUUAGACUGGCGUCGUAUGGGAUUGGAAUACGUUAAGGGUCGUUCAUUGGCUCUUCGCAGAGCUUACCCUGACGAGUUCAAGAACCAGAACAAUGAGCACUCUAACCCAUUCAGCGAAUCCAACAGUAUCAAAAUCACUCGACCAUUGUCCGUACCAGGUUCACCAAGAGAUAAGUACUCCAGCAGUGCCAACAUCAUGACUCCUGGAGACCUUGGUACACUUCAAGAGAACAAUUCCACAGACUAUAUCUCGUGGAGAUUAGGAAAUGAUACUGAAGAAGAUGGACUAGAUGUAACGCUUCGUGGACUCAGUGUCGCCCCAAGUGCCGAGCAAAGUGGUGACGAAUUUGAUGCCUGA